AUGGCGUUCUUAUGUAGGAUAAAUCAAUCCAAGCUAACACACUUUUCCAAUCAAUUCAAGAGGCAUUAUUUUCACAUUUGUUAUGCUUCUUCGAUCGAUUCUGGUCGUACAACGAAGCAUGUUUCUGAGUAUAUAGCGCGUAUAAUUCCCCGUGGACCAGCUGAUUUUGGCGGUAAAGUUAGGUUUUAUGCUGCCCCGGUUCAGUUUCAGGGAAAGGCGAAGAAGGAAGAGAAUAAUACGAGUGGACCACGACUUAAUGAUAAAAUCAAGGCUGAGUUUGUGAGGCUUGUAUCUGAUGAUGGACAUGCAAUUGUUUCACUUCGUGAAGCUCUUGGACGUGCUCGUGAGCUCAAGCUGGAUUUGGUUGAGGUCCAACAAAAAGCCAACCCACCUGUCUGUAAAAUCAUGGACUUUCACAGAGAGAAGUACAAGCAGCAAAUAAGGGAAAAGGAUCGUGUUAAAAGCAAGGCUGAAGUGGGUUUAAGAAAGGGAGAUCACAAAGAAGUCCGCUUCACUGGGAAAACUGAAGAAAAGGACCUAAGGAUGAAAGCUGAUAUGGUUAAGCGAUUGAUGGAACGAGGAUACCGUGUGAAGUGCAGUGCCAGGGGCGGUGAGGAUCAGGACUUGGGUGGCUUGUUAUCUCGUCUCUCUGCUUUGAUAGAGGAUGUGGCAAUGGUGGAAAGUGGACCAAGAGUGGAAAGAGGACAGGCAUAUGUUAUAGUCAGGCAUGUUAAAUUUGGCCCCUCGAAGAAAGGGGGCGGUGGAAAAGCAUCAAAAGUUGCUGUGAAUGCAAGACAGGAGGUUAAAAAUGGCACCACCCCUCCGGUUCCGGCGGCCCGUUCUUCAACCCCUGAUGAAGAAGAAAUGGGUCCUGAAGAAUCAGAUUCUGAAGCAACGUGGUCAGUUGUUGAUGGUAAUAAUGAUUUUGAUGAAGUUUUUGACUUGAAAGAUGAUGCCAAUGGGAUUCCCUUAGAAACCACUGCCAAUAAAAUGAAUGUAGCUUCAGACAGGGAUGUUAAUGUCUCAGACCUUUCGCCACCGUCGCGGUUACCUGGUACGAGUAGAACCAGCUCCGUUCCACUCUCUCGACAGGAUUCUUCCACCAAAGCCGAUAACAGAUACAAAAAGAUCGAACCUGCAAACCGGUUCCAACCACCAAAUGUAAUGGAUAACAAGGGCCGAGGUGCUAGAGACUCACUCCGAUCAGAACCCCAGAUUCGCAAUCAGUGGAGGCAACCUCUUACGAACACAAACUUAUCGCCGCCCUCCAUGAGAGAAACCAGGCCAGACGACAACGUUUCUUCUGCAUCAAGAAACACUACGUAUCCCUCAAAUGAGACAUCCAAGUCUGGUUCAUCACAGCAUACCGUUCCUGAUCCAUCCAAAACUAGCUUUGGGAUCUUCAGUGCUCUAAAUGCCAAUGCUCCAGUAAAGCAAGAUGCAGCAUCCACAAGUUAUCGAGGGAAUCGAGGGCCAUCGACUAAUCCGAACGCGCCUGGAGCUUCAGAAAGUUUGAAGUUCUCAUUAACAAAAUCCGACGACAAUGUGAACAAGGGACAGAAAAGCUGGGGAAUUUUCAGUGAGGGUCCUAAUAAUUCCCCAAACAGGAUAUCAAAACCUAACUGAGGUGAAGGUAGAACAUGUUUACAGUGAUUGUUUCAGUAUUAUAUGGAAGGCUGAGUUUUGAUGAGGAUAUUUAUUUAGACAUGGAACGUAGCAGAGAUUUUUCUUCAAACAGUUACUACUGGCCGUGCUGUUGUGCACGUUGCAAGUUUUAUAGUGAUUUUGAGUAAUAAGAAUAUUGUCCACAUUAACAUUUUUAA